AUGGAUAGAAUUCCUCUUUCCGUCGGAGGCGAUGGAAGUGGUCCUAGCUUAUCGAAAAAACCUUCCUUUGAUCUCAACAUACCCUCGGUUGAACACCAGGUAUAUGAGCUCAUGGAAGAGGAAAUCAAAAGGAGAAAGGCAAAAUUAGCCGACCUCCUAGAACCUCUCAUUCAAAGAGAGGCAGAAAGGUAUCCCAACAUAAGGGAACUGCCUUCGCCAAAGGCCAUGGUCGAAAGGCUAAUCGAAAGCCUUGGAUCGGAUCAGAUAAAGCCAAAGAAGAAAACGAGGGCAAUGCGCCCAAUUUUACAAAUCUCAAAAAGUUUCUAA